CACGCCACACGCCACACCCACACCCGCACCCGCACCCACACCCAUACCCAUACCCUCGCCGACUCCCCCCCCCCUGCUUUUUGACAUGGCCACCAGCCGCCUCCGUGCUGCCUUUGUCGCCGCCUUUGACGAUACCCUCGCCGCUCUCGCCAGGGCUACCAUGACCGGACAAGCCAAUCCUCGGAAGCGCCGCCAUCCCCCGCCCACAGCCGAUCCCUUGCUCCGUCACAAGCGCAUCCACCGCCUAUCGCCUUCUCAUGCUCUGCCAGUCUCGGACUCGCUCCUCGCUCGAGUCACAGGUGGCAGGGGUGGCGGUGGCUGAGGCUCGGAAGCGUGCCGCUGUGGUCGAAGCCGACAACAAGGCGCUGCGUGAGACGCUUGAUCGUGCCAUGGCCCAGAUCGACGCCCUCGUUAACGCCGUCAACGUCCGUGACGCCUACAUCACAGAGCUCGAGACCGCCCUCCGCCUCGCCGAUCAUCCAAAGCCACCUCCGCUUGUCGCCGACAACGAUGUUGGCGACACCGAUGCCACCGCCCUCUCCGCUCUCUCUUACGCUGCUGACAAUGACGCUGCCGCUGACACCGACGACAUCGAAUCUACAACCUCGUCGCAGUUCCAGCAUCUGGUCCUCGAGGCGGAGCUGUACUCGGCGCUGGGCAACAUGCUCGAGACAGCCAAAGACAUUGCCGACGCUGGCUCGCCUCGCGCCAACGACAACGGCGACAAUGACGACGACAAUCAUGACGACGACGAUGAUGAUGAUGAUGAUGAUCCAGAGACCCCGCUCAGCCUCGCUCCGCCACAGGUCCCACCCAUCUUCUCGCUCCGCAGCUUCUCCUCGCUUGUCCUCUCGACCAUCACUUUCGUGUCAGGCCUUGCCGAGACGGCGGCUGCGCCCGGAGUGGGGGACACGCCGCUGGCUCAUCCGGUCCGCCUCGCGCUGCGCAAGGGACUCGCUGCACUGCGGGCGCUAGUCGAGGCCAUCCCGCUCGACGACGAUAGCGAAUCGCGGCUGGCAUCGACACCUCAGCUGGUGGCUGCCCUCGACGCUCUCGGCACACAGGCAAACCGGAUGGUCGCCGCCGUCGAGACCGUCACCAGCGCGCUCGCCGCCUGCUCUGGUCAUGGCAUCGAGCAUCUCGGCACCUUUGCCGAGCCGCUGCACCACGCCGCCGAGGCCCUUACCAACAUUGUGGCUCGUGCCGAGCGGAGCAGGACAUCGAUUGCCGGCGCUUGCGACGUCGCCCAGUCAGCUGUCUAUGCCCUCGCCCACACAGCCCAGCAGGUUACUCAGGCCGUCGUCGCUGCAGCGCCCCGUACCCCAGAGUCAUAA